AUAUAUAUUCACCAAUGGCUGGCUCCGAGCUCACUACGAAAUUCCACGCAUUCCACCGGGAAGAUACAACAUACGCCUCGGAUAAUCUCUCCAUCGGAGUCAGUGUAUUCGUACCCAAGAGUGCUGGAAAAGGACAAAGACUACCAGUACUCGUAAGAUGGCAUGGCGGAGCAUUGAUCAAUGGCGGUAGAAGAGGAUUGAAUGAGCGUGCUACUAUUGUUCUCAAGAGCUUAUUGCGGAGAAAGUCUACUAACAUCGUCCCUCUAUUCUCAGGNAUUGUCGACCUUGCGGCCUUCCAUAAUGCAAUCAUUGUCGCUCCGGACUACCGUCUGUUGCCCGAAUCGUCUGGUCUUGAUAUAUUGUCCGACCUACAUAACUUCUAUGUCUGGCUUCAUAGCCAUCUUGAUUCUUUUUUGAUUGCUUCAAUUUCUCAGCAGACUCCGUCAGCCGAUCUCUCCGACAUCCUCAUCACAGGAGAAUCAGCAGGCGGCUACAUGGCCGUCCAAUCUGUGCUACUUGGAGAGACCAAAGGAAUCAAAGCUGUCAUCGCACAUUACCCUAUGAUUGACCUUGAAGACGCAUGGUACAGCAAACCCGGUCAAAAAGUCAUCUGGGGCCAAUCACCACCUUCAUACCCGGAUGGAUGGCUUGACCAGCAACUCGAAGUUGCAAAGUCUGCGAAGCCGAUCACCGAAAGGAUCCCUGUGGAAGGAGAGCCAGACCUAUUUGUCGCUUCAUUGUUGGAAGGGAGAUAUACAGAGAUUCUUGGUAGUGAUCCCAAGCUCUUUCCUCUCGAAAAUUUGGGAGCCUUGAAAGAGAACGGAGAAGCUUUGCCGCCAACGUGGAUGUUUCAUGGGGAGGAGGAUACAAUUAUACCAGUAGAUGGGACACUAAAGUUUGUGCAAGAAGCUCGGGGAGGCGUGAAAGAGACUCUUAUCCCGGGAGCAGAGCAUGGAUUCGAUAAUGAUAGUGUUGGAUUGGAGACAGAUUGGGUUGUAGAAGGAAGAGAGUGGUUGAAGACCUAUUGGCCC